UCGGCUGGUCCUAUGCUCGUAUGUAAACGAAAAUUUCAAAAAAAAAAAAACUACGUAAAAGCUAAGGAGAGUCAAAAAAAUCUACAAAAUUUUGAAUAUAAGAACUCAGAACACACUUUUGUGUUGUCCGUGCGUCGCUCAUCGAAUACCCUCUAGAUGCCGCCGUCGUCGUCGUCGUUGGUGCUUUUUUUUCUUUUAAUGUAUCUUAAGUUCUCAAGCCCAUCAAGACUAUACGUACCUCUACCUAUACUCUACGUUCUUAUACUCGCAUCAGUCGAAUAAAAAUGAAGAAUACAUCUUGUUCCCUUAGUUUCAUUUAGUUCUGUGUGUCGUAUAAACCAGAAGAUACUCUCGUUGGUUCUUCGCAUGCGAUUGUUAGUUUAUUACAAAGAAAAAAAUAAAUAAAUAAAAUAAAAUACUAAGGAGAACAAAAAAUAAAUAAAAUUUAAAAAAAAAUUCAAGACUUGAAUAAAAAAAACAAAAAAAACGUUAAAAAAUCUGUGUGUAUAGAGCAUUUAUGUAUAGAAUCGGAACACACUCUACACCACAUUAAAAGUGGUGAAGUGAAGUGAAGCUUCAGCUCCAGUCCUACAGUCUACAGUCUACAGCAGGUUGUUUUUCGCUAUAGAUAGAGGUACUCCUCCGUGCGGGCUGCAGAAUCACAAUUCGCAAUCGCUCCACAAAAAUUUUCGUUCGUUCGUUCGUUCCUUUCUAUACGCGCGGAUGAGAAACAAAAUCGCUUUUAUGUUUUGUACGCGCGCGAUAUAAUUUUUCGCUCGUUUGUAGUGACGAUACGCUUAACGUUAACGGCGGCGGCGGCCGUCUCCAGAAAGGAGAUUAACUAUAUAAGAUAACACCAACAAAAAAAAUCUCUUGUAAAAAGCGGUCAUUCUUUUUGAAAAAAAAACAAAAAUAAAAAACAAACACCGCUUAUAGCUGCUACCUUCGGAGCGCGAAUAACAAAAAACUUAAAGCCAGUGAAGCUUGCUUCACAAGCGCAGUUUAAGCCAAAUUGUAACACUUAAAGCCUGGCGAUAAAGUUGUAAAACGUUUUGAACUUGUGAUCUAUUGUGUUGAUUCUUUCAAUCCGCUCUCAAGGAUCCUCUCGAGAGUGUCAGUUAUUGUUGCAUUAUUCCUUCCGGCCGGUUUAUUUGCAGCUUCUUGAAUUCAAGAAAUAAACUUAUUUAAAAUCGAAUAAAAGUUUAAUAAAUUAAAUUUCGAACACAAUUAAAACAUAUCUUUAAAAAUUCCAUUGAGUUAAGAGUGAUUUUUUUUUAAAUUUUAAAUUGUUUAAACAAAACGAACGAAUCUCAAAAAUCGCAUCGAUGUUAGAACGUGCGAGUGAAAGUUAAGAUAUGCGGCUACUUAUGGUUAUUGCAAUUUUAAUAUUUGCAAUGCCACUGACAGGCUUUGGAUGGGCCGAGGGUUCCAACAUACUACUUGAUCCAAAUUUAAUGUGCAAGAAGACACGACGCGUCCGCGGUAAAUUGGCAGAAAUAUGUCGGCAUGAUUCUGUACUUCUGAAAGAGAUCAUCAAUGGCAUUAAUCUGGGCUUCCGAGAAUGUGAAUUUCAAUUCAAGAAUCGGCGAUGGAACUGCACAUCACUGCGCAAAAGCAUGAGAAAAAUUUUAAUGAAAGAUACCAGAGAGACAGGCUUUAUAAAUGCCGUUACAGCAGCUGGUGUGACAUUUGCCAUGACAAAAGCCUGCACAACGGGACAUUUGGUGCAGUGUUCGUGUGAGAAAAGCCAUCCGCGUAAGAAUCUCCUAUGGUCGAUGGGUGGCAGUACCUUUGAAACUGAAAACCAAGACCCAUCCCAAAAAAAGAACCGACACCAUACGAGCAUAGCCAAACAAAAGAGAAGACUUUUCAAAAACAUCGCCAUGCCCGAUGGCGACUGGGAAUGGGGUGGAUGUGGUGAUAAUGUUAAUUUCGGUCUUGGCCAAGCGAGAGCAUUUCUCGAUGCUAAAUACCGAAAACGUAGUGAUUUGGGGAAUCUAGUUAAACUACACAACAACAAUGCUGGUCGAUUGGCAAUUCGUGAUUUCAUGCGACUUGAGUGUAAAUGCCACGGUCUAUCAGGCUCAUGCACGGUCAAGACUUGUUGGCUGAAGAUGCCAAGUUUACGGGAAGUAGGUAACCGCCUCAAAGAGCGAUUCGAUGGAGCCUUUAAGGUUGUGGCACGAAAUGAUGGCAAUAGUUUUAUGCCCGAAAGCGAAACCAUAAAAAUGCCAAGCAAAUAUGACAUUGUAUACGCAGAUGAGUCGCCGGACUUUUGUGAAGUCAACACAAAAACCGGCUCCCUGGGCACCCAUGGCAGGGAGUGUAAUGCAACUUCGCAAGACGUUGACGGAUGUGAUUUGCUGUGCUGCAAUCGGGGUUAUGACCAUCGAAUAGUCAAGGAAAAUGUCAAUUGUAAAUGCGUCUUUAAGUGGUGUUGUGAGGUGACUUGCAGUGUAUGUCAGCAGCGAAGAGAUGUGAGCACUUGCAGAUAGAGUUGUUUUGUUUUACUUCUCUUUCUUUCUUCUUUUUUUUUUGACAAAAUUGCAAU